GGAAAAUAAGUGUGGAAGACCCACUCUACGUACCAUAGAUCUCAGCAUCCCUAGCGUCGGCCCAUCGCCCGCAUGCAGCGAAUGUAUCUCCAACGUACACUCAUCGGUACUUCCAUCUUAACGGGCACUGACUCUAUGAAAUAUGCGCACGACCUUGCCGAUAUGCGAAACAAUUGGCAUCUACCCGAGUACUGAUACCGCGAUGAAUACAAGCCAAGGCCCAUAUGGGCCCUGCUGGACCCUCCAAGCCUUGGACCAUGAAAACCUCACCACGCCAGUCCUUGGCCUUUCCCCAGACGCCGUAAACCAGUCUAUCUCUAAUACUACGUCAUCAUAGCUCUUGUAUCCGCGCUUCCUAUAAACUCUCGGCGCCACAUGCAAACCCCCAAGAAAAGCUUCAAGCAACCACCAGUGUGGAGAACUUGCGCUGCAUAGCCAAGGCACGCACACAAUCAUGGUCGCGCCCUUCCUCCAGUACCACGAACCUGGAAUCAUCGACAUCCUCAUCCUAGUCUCCUUCUUUACCUUCCUCUGGAUCUCCGAGUAUGCCUCCAACAAGAUAAUCCGCGCGGGAAUCAUAGGGCCCAUUGCAGUCGGUAUCAUCUACGGCCAGCCUUUAGCCAACAUCCUGCACCAUGACUGGCAAGAGACAUUCCUGUACCUGGGCUACAUCGGGCUCAUCCUGAUCAUCUUCGAGGGCGGCCUGUCAACGCGGCUGGACCUCCUGAAGGCGAACUUCGGACUCAGUCUCAUCGCUGCUGCAACCGGCGUCCUCUGCCCUAUCGGCUUCAGCUACCUCCUCCUGUACCUAGGCUUCGGCUACGGCGCAGUCGAAACCUUCAUCAUCGCCGCCGCCCUCAGCGCAACCUCCCUGGGUACCACCUUCGCCGUGAUAGCCGGGGCCUCGAAGUCCGUGGACCUGUCGCAAACCCGCGUCGGCGCCGUACUUAUCAGCGCGGCUGUUAUGGACGACGUCUCCGGGCUGGUCAUGAGCAGCGUCAUCCACCAGCUCGGCACGCUCUCCUCUAGCCCUGCGCCAAAUCUCGGCUGGCUCAUCGGCCGACCCAUCGUCGCUUCUGCGGCGAUGGCGCUCCUCACGCCGGUCCUCGCAAAAUGGGUCUUCGCGCCGCUGUUUAGAGGCUGGGUCGAGCACCAUUUCGCGAAGCUGGACCACCUCUCCAACAUCACGCUCAUGAUCCUUGUCCUGUCCGCGUUUAUUGCUAUCGCUUCCUUCGCGGGGACGUCGGUCCUGUUCGGCGCCUUCCUCGCGGGCACAUUUCUCACGUAUUUACCCAGCAAACAUCCCUCGGGCCCGUUCGUCGUGCUCUCCCGCGAGCAAGGCGAGAAAGAGAAAGACAAAAGCCCGACGUUCGUGCAUACAUUCGAGCUGUACUGUCUCGAUACGCAGACGUACGUGUUGGCACCACUAUUCUUCGCCUCCAUCGGCUUCGCAAUCCCCUUCCUAGACCUCUGGUCCGGGCGAGCGGUCUGGAGGGGCCUCGUGUACACGUUGCUCAUGCUGGUGGCCAAGUUCCUUGUUGGGAUUGUGAUUCCCAUUUCCUCCUUUGCAACCUGUCCCCGCCGCUCCAAGUCCCCAGCGCCCCAAGAGAAAAAGGGACUCUCUCGCACCGUGCACUCGACCUCCCUCUCACCCGCCCUACUUCUCGGCAUGGCCAUGGUCGCGCGCGGCGAAAUCGGCCUGCUCAUUGUCGAGAUAGGAUACAACAACACGUCCUACGUAUCAUCCGACGGUUUCAUCACCGCCAUCUGGGCGAUUUUGCUAAACACGAUUCUCGGGCCUAUGGCUGUUGGACUGCUGGUCAAGUUCCGUGGGGAGGCUAUUGCAAAGGGGCCGUGGGGGCUGGUGGAUGCGCCGGAAGCGGGGAUUAACGGCGGGAGCAAUGUGGCGCUGGCCGAAGGGAUGAUGGAGGAGGGGAGACAAUGACAAGAGGAGGAAAGCGUGGUGGGGUCGGGUCCUGGCUUGCGGUGGAUUUCAGGGGGUGAAGAAGGGGUAUGGUAUACAGAGAUGGGUCGAGGGGUCGAGAAACUCACGGCCAAGCGUUUGCGUAGUCAUUGGUCCUCUCAAAAUGGAUCGCUUCCGCGUAUGAACGGCCCAUGCACUUGGCAAUCCAACGCGAAAGCUGGCGAAAGUAUCAACGUGCAGCUGCGGGCCCUAAGCAGCAUCCCACCGUCAGUAUGUACUUUACAUUACCUCGUCUCAGCGCGGUGUUGGACACAAUUCAAGCCUCUCUAAAAAAUCUACUCUUUUACAGCAUUCUCUAUUCUCUGCGUUUAUGCAACUUG